AUGAAAGAUGUCUUAUUCAAUUUAGACCUAAAUAUCAACCAAACUGGUCUGAAAAAAAAAAUUACUUUCAUUGAUGAAAUGGGAAAUUAUUUUAAUAUCGUUAUUAUUAAAAAGAAAAAUAUAACAUUAGAUGAUGUUAUAUCUGACUUGAAAUUCAAAAUUAACCACAAGAUGGAUAAAAGAAUAACAGUUCCAAACAAUCAUCGUGAACAAGAACCUUUAUACCUCAUGUACAAUGUCUCAGGAAUGAAUUUUUCUCAAAAUUUUGAAAAUCUUUCUAAAAUGAUUCAUAUUAUUGAAUUAUAUAAACCCAGAAUUGAGAAUCAUCCAUGGGAAAGUUAUUCAAUUAUAAAAGUGGUACCUAAAGUACAUCAUCAAAAUGAUGUUGAUGCUAACGGAAAUCUAUUAAAUUCAAAUCAUUAUUUACAACAUGAUGAAUUGGAUUAUAAUGCUCCCAAUGAGAUUUUUUUCUUUAUUAGUGUGGCAGCAGAUAAGACUGGUGAUACACAUUAUAAAAAGUCCAUUAAACCAAUUAAUUCAUCAACGAGUAGGGUUUUUUUUGAGCUGAAAUCCCCAAAGGAAAUAUUGACACAAAUUUUGGAAGAAGGUUUCAAUAAUUGGUUUUUUUAUAUACAAGAGUUGUUGGUAAAUAAACAUUUGAAUAUAGAGGAGAAUCUUAAUAGAAGACCAUUAUAUUUCAAAGGGUCUAAUGCAAUUCAUCCAGAUUCAAAUAUAUCUGAAUUUAUUCAAGUUGGAUAUAGAUUAGAUUUAUCAAAUGAUUAUAGGUCACCAGAUUCAUUACCUAGUUAUGAUCAGAUUUCAUGA